AUGCAAGUGAUCAUUUUGUUGUUUAUCUCGUCUACUAAAGAUAAGUUUGAAACGCCAAAUGGCCAGUUGGGUAUAUGCUUAUCUGUAUGGAAGUGUGAUCAAAUAAUGCAUUUAUUACAACAAAAGCCAUUAUCAGAAUCGAUUGUCCUAUAUUUACAAAAGUCUCAAUGUGGCUUUGAAGGAUCUAAUCCAAAGGUUUGCUGUAUAGCAACUAUAAAUCACUAUUUCUUGAAAAGUGAGCUACUGUCCUUGAAGACCUCAAAUAUAAGCAUGAAACAGUUAAUUUCAUCUAAUUUAGAACCACCAGAUGUGACAAAACAUCCAAAUUUGCGGCUUUUAGAAUACAAUAUUUGCGGGCCGAUAAAUAAUAACACGUUGAUGGAUGGCAAUAGGACGGGCCUCUUUGAAUUUCCAUGGAUGGCACUAUUAGUAUAUGACACUGGCGCUUCUAAUCUAGAAUUUCGUUGCGGUGGUUCAGUUAUCAGCAAACGUUAUGUUCUUAGCGCCGCUCACUGCGUCAGUGAUUUACCUCCAAAAUUAAAAUUAUUCGGUGUGAGAAUAGGUGAGCAUGAGAUUAUAACAGAAAGAGAUUGUGAGAUGUCAGAGACUUUCGAGAAAAUUUGUGCUGAGAAAUAUCAAGACAUUACUCUUCCUGAAAAUGCCAAACCUAUUUGUUUGCCAAUCGGUACAGCAGCAAGAAUUACAGCAAAAAAAUUGGUGGCAAGCGGUUGGGGAAUCACCGACCAUCACAUUCCCAAUUCUAUGAUGCAAAAACUGAGCUUGUCUCCUUAUUCCAAAGAUGAAUGUGUGAUCACAUUCAAAAGCCAGAUAGAGAUCUGGCAAAAGCAGAUUUGCGUAGGUGGGGCGCAUAGUAUAAAUUCAUUUAGUGGAGAUUCGGGCGGUUCCCUCCAAGCACCAACCAUCUAUUAUGGCAACCCGCGAUACGUGCAAUAUGGUCUCCUGAGCUUCGGUAUGAAGAAUUGCAAAAGUGGUGGCUUCCCCGGUGUUUUCACACGUCUGGACUAUUACCUCGAUUGGAUUCUUAACAGCAUGAGUGCUUAA